AUGUGUGUAGACUACAGGGCCUUGAACAAGGUCACAGUGAAGAACAAGUAUCAUGUGCCCCUGAUCCAAGACAUGUUCGAUCGACUCUGCAAGGUUGGCUAUUUUUCCAAGUUGGACCUUCGGUUGGGCUAUUGGCAGGUGCACAUUGCGGAAGGGGAUGAGCCUAAAACAACCUGCAUAACCCGAUUGGUACUGUCCCGGUUGAAGGAAAACUCAUUGUUUGUGAAAAAUGAGAAAUGUGACUUUGCUUGCAAAGACAUUUUGUUUCUUGGUCACAUGAUCAGUUUGGGGAAAAUUCUGAUGGAUCAAGGCAAGGUGAAGGUGAUUCAUGACUGGUCUGCACUGAAGACUGUGUUGGAGUUGCGGUCUUUCCUUGGUUUGGCCAACUAUUACAGGAAGUUCAUAGCUGCCUAUGCCAAGAAGGCAGCCCCUCUUAUUGACCUACUGAAGAAGGAAGUGAGUUGGCGUUAA